GGUGUUGGAAUUUUUCUGAGAAUAUGAGAAUUUGAGAAAAAAAAACUUUGCCAAAAAAAAGGAUAGACGAGAGAAACAAUUCUGCGUUUCUGCCUGUUGACAUUAUAAUUAUUAUGAAUGAAUAAUGAAUGAUGUACUGUUGGAGGUACAGGUGUAAGUACUGUCGAAAGGUGAAUUAUUGGUAUUUGUUUUAUUUCAGAAUCCGGUAAAGAUUUGCUUUUGGAUGUCAUAUACCUUAACGGUAACGCUCACAACAAGCUUGUUUUAACAAAUGUAGUUACUUUGAGAAUACGAAGUGAUUAUAAUGGUAUUCUUCUAUUCGAUAAGUACCAUUCUACAGCCGGUUAUUCAAAACCGUAUGACAUCGUUGAAGUUGAACUGCCAUUAUUUGAGGCUUUACUCAUUUACCAAGCUUUGAAACAAGUCGAAUUGCCUGCGGCCGAAAGUGUAGUAGAUUUGACCAACAAACUCAAAGUGCAAAUAGCUGAAAGUGAGAAUUUUGCUAGCGAUGGUGUAAAAGCUGAAAAACGGAAUACUGUUCCGCUGAAAUCUACUCACAAUUCGUUGAAGUGGGUUUGCCGGUACGAUGGCUACGGAGUUGAAACGCCAGAACCGUUAUAUACCAGCUUUAUCCAUUGCCAGUGCUAUAAACGAAAGAUUGAAUUGCUUGUUUCCAUCUACUUUUAAUAAUUCUAAUACUAAUAGAGCCUUGAUGUUCAGUGAAGCCAACAGAAGAGAAACGUUUACCAAAUGGCCUCAUAUGGAUUACAAAUGGGCUCUUCCCGAUCAAAUGGCUCAAGAGGGGUUUUACCAUCAACGGAACACGAUUGGUGACGAUCGUGCUAUGUGUUUCACUUGCGUUGUAUGUUUGGUCUGCUGGGAACCGACUGACGAACCUUGGUCUGAACAUGAAAGACAUGCUCCCACAUGUCCUUUCGUUAGAGGUGAAUACACCCAAAAUGCACCGCUCUCAGUGAAUUACGCUACAGCGCCGGCCAUUACCUUAUAAAUGAUCGAGUUUCCUUUGGUACUAGUUCGCUUUCCGAUGUAUUUGUUAGGUUUUCGAAAAAAGGCGUUGUUACGUUGUACAAUUACUCCCGUGUUUUGAAAGUUGUUAUUGAAUUUCAUGUGCCUACCACGUUAUGUGAAUUACGCCAACUACCGAUCCGCAAUACCGAUAUUUUUUCCGAUAUUUGGCAACAAAAUGAUAAAAGUACUUUGGAGAUUUUACAUAUUUAACGAAAACCAUUACCGAGCAUCUUUUACGUCCUACUUUUUCGUACUUCAUAAGUGCUUGUUCUGUGCUGAGUGUUUCCCUUUAUAAUAGAUUAAUAUCCGAUUACGAUGAUUAUAAAGAGAAAACCGGAUGUUUAAUUGUCGACGAUGAACAUAACACCAUUUCCAGCGGACGUGUUCGUCCCUGUGUCGUUGUUGCUGUGAAGAAAACGCAUCAAGAUGUCAUGUUAGGAUGGAACGUAGAAAACCAUACCGCAUCGGUAGAGACGAUGAACAACGUGAAUGAAGCGCUAAACAGUGGUAGCAGCAGCGCCGCAGCUGCAGCCUCCUAAAGAGUGCCGAUACCAAUUACUUUUGGCUGUGUAUGACUUUCAUUACAAAGACGCAGACGACAGCGAUGGUACUUCCAGUAGCGACACUGCUACCAACGAACGAACUAUAAAUUCUUGUAAAACUGCCUCGACCAAGAUGAGUAGCACUGGCACUGGAACAACGAUCUCACGUAAUAAGAAUUGCGAAUAUUACGGUAGCAAGAUUUACGAAACUACUGCCACCUUGUUAGAUGACAUUAAUUUAAUGGAGACGGAAAGUCAUUCGCCAAAUCAGACUACUUCUAUGAAUAAUUCCUUACGUUCAAUUUCAUUCGCUGGCCGUGAGAAAUAGUCACCGCCAUUUCCCUGCUUAGCGCCAAUCCGUAAUUUAAGUGGGGGCGAAAUGGGAUGGGAGUAGUAUUGCGCACGAAAAAUACUAGUGGGAAUUUUUAUUAUCAUACCAUCCGGAUUCCUUCUACUUCAACUUGCGGAUGUUUCGUUAUUUCGUUUGGUUGAUGGUUGCCACACUGAAAUUAAAUAAUUUCGUUGAUUGUGUUUCUUCAGUUCAAUAUCUUACGUAAUAGCAUUACCAUAACACAAUUUUUUGCAUGCGUAAAAGUCUAUUUUUUUUGAAAAUUUGGCCCGGCGGCGUAAAAAACAUACAUACAUGUCUAUGUCAAUUGUCAUACAAAUUUAGGGAUUCUAAUCUCUUUUCUCAAUCUGUUGUUCAGGGCCAGUGAAGCAAAUUUUCCGACAGCAUAUGGCAAAAUUUGACAAGCCAAAACAAAGAGCCGCAACAGCCAACAUUUAUAACAAAAAAGUUUCGAAAAAGUAAUUAACAAUUUAAAAAGUUAUAUUUAUACUUACUAGUCCUAAUUGUAAUUAAAUUACUCUUAAAUUCGACAAAAAAAAUUGCAUUUGAAUUCUAUGUAAAAAAUAAAAGUUAUAAAAUAAAA